CGGUUGCAAAUGCGAUACGAGUGAUUCCGUCGGUGGCCUCAAGUGUGGUUAUGAACUGAGUAAUCAUUGCUCUUCUGAUCCUUCCUCCAUUUUUCAAUGUAAUCCUGGCGGCACCCAAAUUUGCCGAUACGGUCCUUGUACAAAUGGUUGUUGCGGAACCGGCGACGGCCGUAGCUACUGUUGCAAAGACAGCACAUGUUCCGGGUGCCCUCCUGGACAAUGGUACAAGAAAAAGGUGGACAUCACCACACCCAACCCACUUCCAAUCUCACAUCCUCCGGUAGACGUUACGAAUUGCAACAAUCCUGUACCAAACUCUUGUAGCUUUUACACGAACUGUUUGGAGAAUAAAUUUCAUUGCGGACCCACGGGAUAUCCGAUUAAUUAUGGAGACAAAAAUUGUAAAAAAUUCAUCAGUGCCAUGAACAGAUUCAGCUCUGCUGGGAAGAAAUGGUUGACCGAUACAAUGCUCUGUCUCCAAAAGACAUUAGUCCCAAGUUAUAACAAUGGCAAGACCACCUGCUCGCAAAUAAGCAAUACGGCGUUCAAUUCUCAUAUGACAUGUUACAUCGACUCAGGUGUAUGCUUUCUUCCACCGACUGAUUGGGUAAUUAUAUUUGAAACUGUCGGCGUCAAAGACAUAUUUUUAAAUUCGCAGGCUUUGAUGCAAACCCUUAAAACUGGAUUUGGAUGCUUUACUCUCUAUGCUUGGAUCUAUGUGGAAAUUUGCAGUAUAACUUUUUUUAGUGACCAAGCUAUUAAUUAA